UAUCGAGGAAGUUUUAAAAAUAUCGACUCGUGCUGGAAAUUCAUCCAAAUUAGGGAUAUUUGUACAUUCGUGGAAACUGAACAGAAUUCUAUACAACGUGAAGAAGACAACUAUCAUCAAACUAGUGUUCAAGCUCUUUGCGUCGUACUGUUUUUUCACGAAGAUAAAUAUAGCGAAUCACUUGAAGCAUUUCGAGCAACUCCAAACACCUGGCAGUUACGUUAUGUUAAUAAGUUACACAGUAAUGUCUGUAACAACGAGCUGAUUGGUUGUCUGGAGUACUAUGAACUACUGCCGCAAAUUCCUCUUUUUGCUCUUGCUCGUGUCCACUACGGAAGAAAAAUUUUACGAUUCAAUAUAUUCGUGGAAGAUUUUGAUGGUAUGAAAACGUUCUACGAAAAAUUAACUGCACGAGAAAGCACAUUGGUUCGAAGUGGAUUUUGUGUUUUUAAAAUACGAUCUUAUACGAGCAUCGAAAUUCAACUGACACUGACAAGGGAAAUCGAAACGAGUCUGUAUCAUAUGAGUUCUACUGCUCUACGAUUAAAGUUUCAUAAAAUUGAUGUUUCUCAGAUGAAUUUUCUCUCUCAUGUGGAUCAGGUCAAGCCAUUGAUUUGGAAAACAACAGAUCCUGAAGGUAACUUGGUAUUGCUCGAGCAAGUGCUUGAUAAAAAGCAACGCAAACUAGAAAUCGAAAAUCAUGAAAAAUCUUGCUUGAGCGAUAAUGAAUUGGUUUUUGUCUGAUGCAAAUAUAGGUGCAAGUAUAACUGGCAAUGUGAAAAAAUUGGUAUAAAGCAAUAUAGAACACAAUAUUUGUAUUAUUGGUGACAAGAAGUCUGUUCCAUCGAGUUCGAUGUAAAGGAAAAGUAAAACAAAUUUAAGAGCUACUUGACAUUUGUACAGUAAUAUUAAUAAAGGAACUACUUGAACACAUGAGUAUCGUUACAUGUUUGUAGAAGUCGAUCAUCUGUUAGCAAGUGAAGACCAAUAGGCCUUGUCUACCGCUAAAGAUGUCAAAGUGCCAAUUACAUUAACACCAACAGUCUUUCGCUUGACUACGUUAAACUGGACAAUCUACAUUUACAAACAUGUAAUGUUAAUAUUGCAACCAUGAAUAAUAUGUUUCAUUGGAAUGUAAUACUGUAUCAUGUUUCAAAGUUAUCAGACCAUCACAACACAAGUCUAUUGACAGUCAUUAAAUGCUCCACAGUUUA